CCAUCUUCUAUACAAUAUUGAAACCAUAAUCAUGAGGGAAACAUUCCAUGCUAUGCUUGUUCUAGUGGCUGUAUUGUUCUUUGGAGCUCCAGAGUUUUGUUCUGGUCAGAACACGAGCUUAAGCUGUAUAGAGGGGGAGAGAGAAGCCCUCUUGAAGUUCAAACUUUGUUUCAAUGAUUUAUCUGAUAUGUUGUCUUCUUGGAAAGGCAAUGACUAUUGUGAAUGGAGAGGAGUAGGCUGCGAUAAAAAUAGUGGACAUGUUGUCUCGCUUCAACUCAGGGGAUCCAUAUCUGAUCGAUCUCAAUUGCACUUGAUUGAUGGUGUAGAGGAGGUUGUUUCCAUUUUGCUCAAGCUGAGAUGCUUGGAAUACCUAGACUUGAGCGGAAAUAAUCUCAACAGCAGUGUUAUUCCGCCCUUCUUUGGUUUGAUGAAGCAACUAAGCUACCUAAAUCUCUCGUCUAUGAACUUCAGAGGAAGAAUUCCUAGUGAACUCGGAAAUCUUACGAGGCUUCGUGUACUUGAUCUUUCUGACAAAUUUUAUAGGAGAUUGAAGGUUGAUGAUGUUCAGUGGAUUUCUCAUCUCUUCUCUUUGCAACAACUUGAUAUGAGUGGAGUAAAUCUGAGCCAUGCCUCAUCAAACUUGUUCCAGGUACUUGGCGGGCUUCCUUCACUCACAUGGUUAAGUCUAUUAAGCUGUAGUCUCAAAAAUUGUCACUUGCCAUCUCACAACCAUCCGCUUAAUUUUACAUUGCUUGGCAAUAUUCAGUACUUAGAUCUUUCACAGAACUUUUUCCAUGGCCCAAUACCUACAUUUCUCCAAAACAUGACUUCUUUAAUAUCUCUUUAUCUUUUUCACAAUGAAUUGAGUGGGAGCAUUCCAGAUAGCAUCGGACAACUUUCUCAGUUAGAGAGCAUAGAUCUUUCUGACAAUCAAUUGAGUGGGAGUAUUCCAAAUAGCAUCGGACAACUUUCUAAGUUAGAGAGCAUAGAUCUUGAUGGCAAUCAAUUGAAUGGGAGUAUUCCUAAUAGCAUCGGACAACUUUCUAA